CCCCCCGCCCCCCUUCCCCGCGCUGGCUGAUGGCGGCCGCCGCCGCCGCCGGGGCCAUGGCGAAGCACGAGCAGAUCCUGGUCCUCGACCCGCCCACCGAUCUCAAAUUCAAAGGCCCCUUCACAGAUGUAGUCACUACAAAUCUUAAGCUGCGGAAUCCAUCAGACAAAAAAGUAUGCUUCAAAGUGAAGACUACAGCACCCCGCCGGUACUGUGUGAGACCAAACAGUGGAAUUAUCGAGCCAGGGUCAUCUGUUACUGUUUCAGUAAUGUUGCAGCCUUUUGACUAUGAUCCAAAUGAGAAGAGUAAACACAAAUUUAUGGUACAGACAAUUUUUGCUCCUCCAAACACCUCAGAUAUGGAAGCUGUGUGGAAGGAGGCAAAACCUGAUGAACUAAUGGAUUCCAAAUUGAGAUGUGUGUUUGAAAUGCCCAAUGAAAAUGAUAAAUUGGGUUUACCUCUACCAGGGACCAAGUUACUCACUCCAAUCAGCAGCACCAGUUCUCUGGCGACACCUCCCAGUUAUAGCCUGAAGAAUGACCUGAAGGGACCAAUCAAUGCAUUCACACACAACAAGAAGCAGAGUGAUGUGGAACCCAGCAAAGCUACUCCUCUGAAUGCCUCUAAACAAGAUGGACCCGUGCCAAAACCACACAGCGCUUCCCUCAGUGACACGGAAACAAAGAAACUAAUGGAAGAGUGUAAACGACUUCAGGGGGAAAUGAUGAAGCUAUCAGAUGAAAAUCGACACCUGAGAGACGAAGGCUUAAGGCUCAGAAAGGUAUCGCAUUCGGAUAAACCUGGAUCAUCCUCCAGCAUGAUCCCCAGAGAAAAUGGCUCCAACCCACUCCCCUCGCUUCUUGUUGUAAUUGCAGCCAUUUUCAUUGGAUUCUUUCUAGGGAAAUUCAUCUUGUAGAGUGAAGCAUGCAGAGUGCUGUUUCUUUUUUUUUUUUUUUUUUUUUCUUGACCAGAAAAAGAUUUGUUUACCUACCAUUUCACUGGUAGUAUGGCCCACAGCGACCAUUUUUUCUGUGUGUACAGCAUCUUAUAGGCUUUGCCUCUAAUGAUCUCUCACGGUUAGAAAACACAAUAAAAACAAACUGUUCGGCUACUGGACAAAUUGUAUAUUAUCAGAUCAUCAAUAGCAGGUGUGAGUUGCACAUUAAGUCCUUUAUGAAAAUUCAUAAAUAAAGAAUUGUUCUUUCUUUCUGUGGUUUUAAUAAGAGUUCAAGAAUUGUUCAGAGUCUUGUAAAUGUUAUUUUAAUAAUCCUUUUAAAUUUUAUCUGUUGCUGUUACCUCUUGGAAUAUGAUUUAUUUAGAUUGCUAAUCCCACUCAUUCAGGAAUAUGACAAGAGGUAUUCUGUGGGGAAAUGGUGCCUCUUAGUGUAAAUUUUACCCUUUCCCUUUGCUAAUAUCAUGGCAGAAUUUUUCUUAUCCCUGGUGAGGCAGUUGUUGACUGAGUUUUUCAUCCUUACAAUCCUGUCCCAUGGUAUUUAACAUAAAAAAUAAAACUGUUAACAGAUACUUGUCGGUAGCCUGUUUGUGUCUCUUCUACCAUCAAAAGGGAAUGCCUUAGAGGAAACAGUUAAUAUAUAGGGUAUGGUAAUUUGAUAUUUGUAAUGCAGUCUCUCCUGUCUUUACUGCCCUAUUGAUCUAGUCUAUUAGGCUAUCUGUAUUUACAAUUUUAUUUUAAAAAAUAAUCCCACUCAGAGACAAGCCAAGUACUUAUCACCUUUGAGGCUGCUCUCAUAGCCCAGUUCAUUUUCAACAUCGGAGUUUUCUCGCAAAUUGUUAAACAGUUCAGAUGCUGAUCAGGCUUAAAUACUCUAAGGGGAUGAGUGCUUUCAGCACUUGUGGAAGUUGUGUGGACUGGAUUGGAUUUAAUGCACCAGUGCUUUAUCAGGUUCUUCGAUGGCUUUGGCUAGGACACCUUCUUUGUCCUAGCCAAGAACUUUUUAUCCGGUGUCUUAUUGCCUUUACCUUAACCCUUGCUGAAGUAGGUUUUCUUUACCCAUCCUGGACACCCAAAAUGGGUUUCCACAGAAAUUUGAUAUUAACGAGCAACCCUUGAGAAUCUUCCUAAUGGAAAACCAUUUAUCAGCUGUUUUCACAAAAUUUUUGUUAAUCGGGUCACAUUUUCAGGUUAAAGAUUUCAUUAACUGGGUCCGAUGCUUUCCUGCACUUAGUCUUCUGUCUUGCCUCACUCCGUUGCCCUGAUUGCAUGUAAAAUUGGAGGAAGAGUAGUAAUAUAUCCAGCGGUUUCGACUGUAUGCGUCCCAGCAUAAAGGAGGCCUUUAGAUGGCCGUGAUGAAGGAUACACCUAAGUGAAGUCGAACUUACUGACUUCUUGGCCUGCCAGAGCUGACGUGGUGCAGCGCAAAGUGUUAGACCCUGGUCUGUAAUGCAUGUUUUAACGCUCAGAAAAAAUGUUCUGGAGAAAAUACUGUCUCGGUUGCCUUUAAUUUGUAUUGUUUUGGUUGAAAACUGGUCACUUGUAUCAUUCCUCUCUGUGGUAACCUUUAUAAGAUCUCUCGUGUGUGCAAAGAAGACCGAAGCAAAUGCAAAUAAUGCUUACCUGUCACUGUUCGCAUGCCACCACAAGGUGUUAUUGCCAAUGGAGAAUGCGCCUCUUCCUGCAUUAACAUUCCCUCCCAAUCUGAUAACUGAACAAGCGUGCAAUCAGUUCACCAUUUUCACUCCAUUAAUACACGAUCUCCUCCCCCCCCCCCCCCAAAAAGCUCUCUGUCUCUGACCUUUAAUGGGGCAUUCUUGUCUAGACCACAUCAGAAAUUUCAUGAGCACUCUUCCCUUCCCCCUCUUUUUUUUUUUUUUCCAAACUCCAAAGGAAGUUUCCAUGCACAAGAACCAUAACGAAAUGGCUACUGUGCUCUGAUAAUGCUUCCGGGGAAGCAGCAUGUUUUUCUGAAUGGAAGAUUGAGGAAUAAAAUAGUGUGCUGGAGUCAUUUUAAAUGGGGUGUAUGAGAUUUCAUACUGAUGGGUUAUGGUUGCGUUGAUGAUUAUUGCUCAUUAAAAUCCAAGUUGGAGGUUUGUCAUGAAUGCUUAGGGAAAACUAACCACCUGUAAAUGGCACACAACUAUUUUGAAGUCCAGAAUAUGUUAGAUGGGUGGUACACGGCAUUCUGUUGACUGGGUUGUGAUAAAAUAUGCUGUAAUUUGGGAAGUGGAAAUCAGGCAAUACAUAAUUCUCCAAACCAGUAAACAUUACCAGAGGUGCUUCGAUAGUAUAGAAGGCUGUCUCGGUUUGUAGUAAUACCUUCAUAGCUGUAUAUAAAAGUGUAAUGCUCAAACUAUUUUGCUAUCAGGAGUAACUCUGAAUAAGUCCAAAUGUAUUCGGUGAAUUAUGGAAUAUGGAUUAAAUUCAGUUUGUCUUUGUUCCCUA